AUGGUGUCGCCUUUGCCACCUCCAGCUCCGACUCCUCCCACCGGCGCCAUGGUUCCUCCCACUGGUGACCGCACUUCCAACCUGCUGAACUUGCUCAAGUUCAGCGGUGCUGGCGGCCAGCCGUCGCAGGCUCAAGCCCAGACUUUCCAGCAGAGUCAGGACUCGUUCCAGCACUUUCAACAGCACCAGCCGCAGCCGCAGCCGCAGCCGCAGCAGCAGCAGCAGCAGCAGCAGCACCCUCUCCAGCACCACCAACAGCCGCAUCAUCAAGCUCAGCAUCAGCAUCAGCACCAGGCAGGUCCUGCUAUGCAGGCCCCUGCUCCUUUCCGAACGCAGAUCUUGGCCCCUGCCCCUUCGUCGCAGGACCCUAGUGGUCUCCUCCGUGCUCUCAUGAGCGGAAGCCACGAGAACGAGGAGCCCAAGCAACACGAUACUCCGCCGACCGCGACCUUUGGUGCUGCGUCGCCGCCCGACGAGACACGCACUUACCUGCUUAAUCUCCUCAACCGCCCGAAGCCCAGCCAAAACGAUCAGCCUCUCCUAAACGAGGGCUCUCGCCACGGCAGCUUCCAGCAGUCGAACGAGUCACCUGUCGAUACCUCCAGGCAUCUGCACCAGGUUCUGGACAACGCAUCGCAGGGACAGAGUUCGUCGCACCUAUCCCAGCACAACCAGUACGAGACCUCCGACAGGCAUCACUACGAGCAGCCUGCCGCCGGCUACGGCUCGUACUCGUUCCAACCCAACCAGGAUGGUAGCAUUCCUGUGUCUAGGCUGUUCGGCAACAGCUACAACAACUACGAGGAUCACCAGACCCCGUCGUCACAGCACCAUACCCCCAAGUCCAGCAACGCGGCUGUGCCCCACGCCCACUCGGCUGGACAGUCUCCCGCUGGACCGCCCUUCCUGAUCCUGAAGAAGGGAGACGGCUCGCCUACGCCUCCAGGUGCAGGCCGCAAGAACAUCAGCCACGAGCGGAGCCCUCUCGCUAGCCCCCAGAGCCUCCGCAGCCAGGCUGUUCACAGCAAUGUGUCCCCUGCGGGUAACGCCAUUGGCAAUCCGACGCCCGGCUCUGCGGCCUCGCUUGCCAGUCCGGGCCGUGCUGAUAGGAACCCGGAGACUGUCUCGGAAGCUAUGCAUGAUCUUGCCGAAACGGCGGAUCAGGAAGCUCAGGAGGCACUUGCCCGCGCCGAGGAUGAGCCUGACCAAUCUGAUUACCUGAAGGACCUUGACGACUUGGAUAACGCGAGGACCGAGCAGGAAUUUGAAGAUAUCGCACAGCAUGCUGCUCUAGCCAUUAAGAAGGAGCUGGAUCGGGCCGAGAACAGCGGUGCCCUCGAAAAGAUCAUGUCACCCGAGGCCGCUCUCGAGGUUCGUGAGAUCGUCGAGGACGCCGCUGCCGGACACGCCGACCACUCCAAUGAGGCAGCCGACGGCGUCGCUGACAGCUGGGAAAGUGCCGACCAGGAUGAGAUCGUCGUCAUCGAAGAAGAGCCUGCGCAGCCUGUCAAGGUCUACAACUUCCCUAUGAAGCCGUGGAUCAGCAUUCAAGUCAACGACAAUGGCGACAUUGAGCGUCCUCAGCUGCGUGACGAGGCUAUUAUGGAUAUCGCUCGCCUCAAGAAGGAGUUUGAUCAGAUCGACCGUAACCUUUACACGGCCACUGAGCGGUACAUGGUGUACGGCAUGUCCAAGGCCGGCGGUCUGCGCGUCAUCCGCCAGGAAGAUGGUAGAGAUGCUAAGAUCUUCACCGACACCAAGGACCGCAUCUUCAACGUCGCCAUGUCCUGCACCGCCCCUGACCACGACGGCGCGCACCGGGAGACCAUCAUUGGUACUGGCAUCAGCGGCACCGUCUUCUGGGUGCAGAUUCGCAAUGGCGAAAAGGACCACAUUGAGGAUGCGAACCCUGAGCAGUAUGGCUUCGCUCUUCCCCCCAUGUCGUUCCACGAGGGAGACACGCCGGGUGGAGUGCUCAAGACUCGCGCCCGCUCAUCCACCAUCCACCCCGAGUUCUUUGCUGUUGGCCGCGGAAAGUCUAUUAACAUUAUCUGGCCUUCGUUCAUUAUGCAACAGAACCUCUUCAAGCCUGGACACGAUCGUGUCGUCGACACGGAGCAACUGGCUAAACAGUGUUCGUUGAAAAUCAACACUGGCAAGGCUGGCAAGGACUUUACCUUCAGCCAGGACGAUACCGUCAUCGUUUCGCUUGACAAAUCUGGUCGCGUCAAGUUCUGGGAUGUUCGAGAUCUCACCGCUGCCAAGGAGGGCAGCGACCCUCGCGCCCCUAUCCCUGCGCACACUUCUCUGGAGGUCAAAGAGCCCAUGUUGACCCUGACGAGUACGCCGGAAGGCGAAAAGGCAUGGCCGACCUCGGUUCUCUUGGUGGAUAAGCUCCGCCCCUACCAGAAGCGUUGCGCGCUGCGUUACAUGAUUAUCGGCAUGAAGCAAAACCACACACUUCAGCUUUGGGACCUGGCCCUCGGUAAGCCCGUUCAGGAGUUCAACCUACCACACAGCAAGGAGUCAGACGCAGUGUGCAGCGUCAUGUACCACGCGCCUACCGGCAUGUUGAUCAUUGGUCAUCCAACACGCAAUUCGAUCUACUUCGCCCAUCUUUCGGCCCCUAAGUAUAACCUCAAGAGCGUUUCGCAGGUCGACUACAUCAAGCGCCUCAUCGACCAUGACACCACCAUUCCCCAGCCUGACUCGACCGCGGUCAUUAGCGGUGUCCGCGAGUACUCAUUUGCCAACCGGGGAAUCCUGCGCAGUCUCGACCUGCUGUCCACCCCUGCCAUGAGCCAAGACUCUGACGAGCCGACCUUGUUCGAGCUUUACGCGAUGCACUCCAAGGGUGUCGCGUGUCUCUUGAUCAAGCAGGCAGAGCUCGGCUGGUCAAAAGACAACAAGGUCCUGGCACCGGUCUCAGCUGUGGAUGCUGGUGUUGUGAGCAUUUCCAAGCUCAAGCCACCUCAUGCCCUCCCGGCCGAGCCCGCCCAUCAGGAGCCUGCACCCGCGCCUGCGGCCCCUGCUCGUUCCAACACCAAAGAGUCUACUGCGCACACUGCGCCAUCUUCCCAAGAUGAGACCGCCACGCGCCCCGCGGCUUCCUCCAAGAAGCAGGAAUCCAAGGAUGAGGACACUCCUACGACCGCUCCCGUCAAGGACGACAAGCCUGAGAAGGCGGAGCGUAAGGGUCGUAAGAAGAAGGCGGCCGCAGUCGCUGCAGCUGCCGCUCUGGCCGCCGAAUCGCAGUCGCAAUCCAAUGGUGGCAGCCAGUCACCUCGUGUCACCCCCAAAGACUCGAAGACCGCCACCGCUGCUGUUCCUGCGGUGCCUUCUAGCUAUGUGUCGAUGGAGUCCAUCGAGACCGUCAUGAAUUCUCUGACAACGAUGGAGUCCCGUCUGAACAGCAGCUUCGCCGGUACCAUCAAUGCCGCCAUCAAGUCGCUUCACACCAAGCUGGAAGACGGACAGCGCGAGCGUGAGAAAGACUUUGACCAGCAUCAAAGGACCUUGUUGACCAUGAUCUCUGAUGUUCUCAAUGAGAACACCCAGAAAGUCUUGGAAUCCUUGAUCCAGGGACAAUUCGACCUCGCUAUGCCUACCAUUUCGGACGUUGCGCGCAAGGCGGUCUCGGAGCAGUUCAGCUCUGGUACAAACCGCCAGCUGUCGCAGACCAUUCAGAAGGAGAUCAACAAGAGCCUUCCCUCGGCAACACAGCAUGCUCUGCAGAGCACCGACUUCAUCAAGGGACUCUCGGACCGUGUUGGGUCCACAGUCGCUGCGAACGUCCAACGCGAAGUUGUCCACUCGCUGACCAGCCAGAUGUCGACUGCUUUCACCACGAUGGCUACCACAGCUUGCCAACAGGUGGCCGACGAUUUACAGCGUCAGCACCACGCCGAGAUGACAGCACUUCACGAACAGCGUGCUGCUGAUAGCAAGAAGAUCGACGAGCUGCACACUGCUUUCGCGCAGUUGACCAGCAUGGUAUCUGGCAUGGCAGCCACACAGGAGCAGUUCCAAACCGAGUUCAUUCGCUUCCAGCAGCAGACGACGAAGAACCCUGGGCCCUUGCAGCAGCCGAUCCCUGCUCAGCAGCACCAGCUCCCACCGGCUAUACAGGGCCAGGAGUAUGGGCCGCGCCACGGCCAGGGACCUAGCCAGGUCCACAGCCAGGGCCUCACCCAGAUGCAGCAGCAGGUUCAGCGAAUGCAGGAGCACAUGCAGCAGCAGCAGCAGCAGCAGCAGCAGCAACAGCAACAGCAGCAGCAGCAACAGCAGCAGCAAGGCAGCCAGCACUACGGUUCGAUGCAGAGCCCCGAGGCAUCGCAGCACCGUUCUGUGGGCUAUCAGCAGUCCCAGGCGUCUUCGCACGGACAUGGACAACACGGGGCUCCCUACCAGCAGAGUCAUGCCAACUCGCAGGCCCUCACCCUCGCCAACCAAAGCCAGGGCGAAGAGGAGUUUGACCAGGAGCUGGCUGACUGCGUGGCUCGUAUUGACGGUCUUAUCAAAGCAGGCAGGACUGAAGAUGCCCUGCUUCGCUGGCUGCAGUCGGGUCGUGAGCAGUUCAUCUUCGACCGACUCAUGAGCAAGUACAGCCCGCAGCUGGUUCUUGAUGGCAUGCCUGGUCUGCUCCUCCUCACAAUCGCAACCACGAUUUGCCAAAGCCUCGACUCUGUUACCCGUGAGCGUGUUGCCUGGCUCGAGGUGGUCGUUCAUAAGAUCAGCACCGAUUUUGACAAUAUGGAGGCCGAUGCUCGCGCCAUCACCCCCAAAAUUUUCCACCUCAUCAUCACCAAUACGGAGAACCUGUUUGUUCGGAUUAGCAGCACUCGUGGCAACGAUCCGAUCCUGAAGAACCUCUCCCAGAUGAUGGGCGUUGCCAAGCGCACGCUUGAAACCCACAGCACUCGCCAUUACGGCUGA